AUGCUGGAAGCAGAUGCCGAUGAUGUCGUAGAGUUUGCUCUUAUGCGAGCGCAGCAUGGGCAGCACGCUGGUGAAGCCGUAGGUGGUGUGGACCAGCACUGUGUACGCGUUGAAGCCGAUGCCGAGGGCUGUCAGGCCGACUCGCCAUGGUUGACUCAGGAGCAUGGUGACGAUGUUAUUGUUGACUCUGAUCUUAUUGUAGUAAUCUGGCAGGACAGACAACAUUAA